AAGCGAGUACCACGAUGCGACACAUUAUGUGUGUACGUGUGUGUGGGAGAGUGCGGUUGUCAUGCUUUGCGCGCCGUGUGUCAUCCAGCGCGCGCCGUGUGCCAUCGAGUAGUAGAUAAUGUCUGCGUAAAGCGAGGGGUGAUCGGUGGGAGAGUCCAUGUCCCCGCUUGAUCUUCGCUGCCACUCAGUAACUCACAGAACAGACUGAACAGUGUGCACCUUGAGGUAAAGAGAGUGUGACAGACUUGACACAAAUUGAGUCAGACUGGGCAUAGUUUCGGGCAUGUGUUGCUGCAUGUUGUGACCUGUGGUACGGUCACCUGUGUAGAUCUAUACUAUGACAAGAGAUUGUCUUCGCCCUGUUCUGACCAGAAGCGGGGCCCUCCUGGAAAUUCGAUAAUAAGAAGAAUACAGGUAGAUCUAUACCAGAUUUAUUGUCUCGGUUCAGUAGACGGAAAUUCUCGGUACAUGUUAUUGUUGUGGCAGAUUGAAUACCUCGGUAUGGGCGAUUAAAUGUCUCACAACAGCGAAGUUGAAAUCGACUCAUUGUCUCAGUUCGAUGGUGUAGGCCCUAUGUUUGUCUGUGUGGGACGAUAUAGGUCAAGUGCUGGCCUUGCCUAGAUUAUGAACAAUACUGGUCAUGGGUUGCACACGGUCACUGUUUACUACUACUGCUACUACCUUCCCGUGUCGCCCGUUACCUUCCUUCUUCGGAGUGGCUUACAGGUUUUUAGCACAGUUCCUUGAGUUCACGGAGUUUUGUGACUGGUUGCUGUCUAUUUAGUGGUGUGCCACAGCAGGAUGUUGGUUCAUUGGGACUUCAAGCAACUGGUGAACAGUGUAUUGAGACAGAUCUAUAACUGGUGAGGGGUUUUUGAAACAACCUGUGUGCCAUUGAUAGCUUGAAACAUGGAUUUAUUGAUUGAAAGAACUGAUGAUCUGUUUUCUGGGAACAUUGGUGUUUCGUUCUUUGAGACUCGAGAGAGUUGGUGGUAGUUAUAUCCAAACACCUGAUACGAAGUUCACUAGGACUCCAGGUGAUUAGUUGGAUGUGACAACUGUUGAUUAUGACUGAUGGUUGAAUUUCUGAAAGAGACAACUGGUGAUUGGUCGAUUGAGACGGCCGAUGGUUGGAUUUCUGAAAGAGACAAUCGGUGAUUGGUCCGCUGAGACGGAGGCAAUUGAUGAUUAUAUGCACAGAGUAGGGCAACUGGUGAUUUGUCAAAUGAGUAAGUCUUUUGGUUCAUCAUGUGUUCAUGAAGUCACAUUGUGUAAUUGUUUUGUAGGUUAGCAAUCCCAGAAGGAUGACCAAGAGCUGGGAUAUCAGAUCUUGAUAUGUGAAUGAGCAGAGUAAAACUGUUCGUGGACACGACUGAGAAGUCUGUGCCACUGAGCUACACACCGGUCAGUGCUGACGAAGGUGAUCACGUGAUUGCAAACAGUGUUCGUCCGUCAUCAUGGCUGAUGUCACGGAAUCAGCUGGAGAGAAUGGUGUUGAGUAUUCAAGCGCGCUGCACGCUUGUCCAGAAGGGCUCACACUACAGGAUGCUCGUACACAUUCGUCAAUACCCACUUCUGACAUGUACGAAUUGCAUGACCUUGACUUUGACGUUUUUACGCGAAACGUAGGUUGGCGCGCCAGCUCAAGGGAUGAUGGACGAGUCAACCACGGAUUCUCUUUUGGGGAGUCGAGCUUUUCGGUGGGCACUGAUGACCACGGGGCUGACAGCGAUCACAAGAAGGAAGAGGACGAUGAGGAAGAGGAGGACGCACGUAUCAGCCAAGCAUAUGUAACAGAGGCCAAUGCUCACACCCCCGCCCCCAGUCCAAACUUCAGAGGCAGGAGACAGGUUUUAUCUCACAGG